AUGGCCCAUGGAGCCAAUCUCUUCCAACCGUGGGGAAAAUUGGAGGCUGAUCAUCACUUUCCCCUGAAAAAGCUGCUGGCACGGUUGAACACUGAACAGCGCAGUAUUAUUGUUGGUGCCAGGUACAUGGUGGUGUACAUGGAAAUUGCAGGGAUCCUUUCCAUGCUGCGCUUCAGGUCCUUCCUGUUGAGGAACAACAAGGCCCUGAGGACGUUCGACUCGAUGAUCAGCUCAAACUCCCAGGAGCUGGAGAACACCGGGAUGGACCUGUGGAAGCACACACAGGGCAUGCAGGUGGAUGCCAAGGGCCAUGUGGUAGUGAAUGACUACCAGAACACCACCAGGAGAGGGGUCUAUGCUGUCGAGGACGUCUGUGGGAGAGCCCUCCUCACCCCAGGCUCCCUGUCCCUCCCCACGGUGGCGAUCACGGCCAGCAGAAAACUGGUGCACAGGCUCUUCAAGGGCAAGCAGGACUCCUGGCUGGACUACAGAGACGUCCCCACCAUCAUCUUCAGCCGCAUGCCCAUCAGCACCAUGGGCCUCACUGAAGGUGAAGCUGUGGUCAUGCACAGGAGGGAGAACGUGAAGAUCUACAGCACGUCCUUCACCCCCUCAUACCACGCCGUCACCCAGAGGAAGUUUAAGUGUGUCACGAAGCUGGUGUGCGCUGGUGAGGAGGAAAAGGUGGUGGAAUUGCACAUGCAAGGGCUGGGCUGCAAUGAAAUGCUAUGAGGCUUUGCCAUGGACUUCAAAAUGGGGGCCACCAAGGCCGACUUGAACAACACUGUCGCCAUUCACCCAACUUCUGCCAAAGAGCUGGUGACGCUGCGCUGA